GUAAACCUAUUAAAGCCGAAUAUAUUCGAGCAGUAAUUAAUUUACGAACUAGAAAAGCAGGAAUUAAAAAGUUGAUCACCCCUCACACUUUUAGAAGAAGUUUUGCUACUCUUUUACACAAUCAAGGAACGCAGUUAACUACCAUUCAAAAACUGUUAGGACAUUCUCAUCUGACUACUACCGCGAAUUAUAUUCAUAAUGAUUACCAAACCCUUUAUGCUGAUUACAGCAAACUAUGA